AGAAAAACAACAUAAAUACAGCGCUUAGGAUCCUAAAACAGGAGUCAAAAUGGCAACACAGACACAAACGAUCAAGCGGCAAGCCGCUAGGACACACGAUUAUCUUUAUGAUAAUCACUUUGUUGUGUCCAGCGAGAGAGAUCAUGCUCGUGCUACUUUCAAAGCCCAUACCAGCACAGACAGGGUUAAACGUGUGCCUAUAUACAAUACGAUGUUCAGUGAGCUCCGUCACCAUCCUCGUUUUCAAAUGCGACUGGAUGUCACUGACCCUGUCCCUAAAUCUAUUUCCCGACAAUGGCGAGGUUAUGCGGAACAACAGCGAGAGGCCAUGAUUCGCUACACCACGUUUAAUUAUGAUCCAUCGGUUGUUGUUCCACCUAAGCACUUUGCAGAUGCACAAGUAGCUGGCCAAAAUAGAUACAAAUUCUUUAAGAGACCGAUGAUUCCCUUCCUGCAGCAGAUUCCUCCGGAAGUCAUGCUGGCUACAGCGAGACAAGACCCCCUGGCUGGUCCAGACCAGCUACAGGUAGAGAGACCACCAACACCUCUCACUAAGACUGUGGAGGUCCAGACAGACUACCGAGACUCGGAGGCCCAGACUGACCCUUACACACCUGAGUAUGUUGUCAGACCAGGAUCAGCUCCCGAGCUUCUUACUCUGGCGACUCUCUCCUUUGGGCGAGGAUUGCCAGCUGGUUUAGCUGAGGUAGAGAUGAUUGAGCGUGCCCGAGCUAAACGAGCAUGGGAAGCAACUCUUCCUCCUCUGAAUGACGUAUCACAACUUGACAAGCGUCGUCGUAUGAUGGACGAGAUGGAGAGGAAAGAAUGGGCAUUGAGGGAACAAGAAAUCGAAAAAUUACAAGAAGCUAGACUGGAAGUUUUGAAGGAACUUUUAAAGAAGAGAGAGGAGAACCAUCAAGAACUUAACAUUAAACGUCUCGACAAAAUCUGGUCAAAGAAACAGAAAGAAAAAGAAUCAAAGAUUAAAAAAAUCCGAAAUGAACAUAUAAAAACGAUAAGAAAAUUAACAGGUAAGAGAAAGAAGGUAGAGGGUAAACUGGAGCGUCGUGAUGUUAUCCAGGACUUCUCCAACUAUGGAUCUCAAACAUACGCCCCUCUGACACGGAUUGGAAUGUUCCUGGACCGAGGCUCAGAGCAGUACGUUGUCCGUAGUCGUCACAUCAACACUUAUCAAGGCCUGAUGGAACUAGAACAGUCCCUGCCUGACUUUGUUCUCAAUCCCAGGAUCAAAGCUCCGAAACCUAAAACUGUCACCAAGGCCGGAUUCAUCAAACGCAAAUACAGAAAGCAACGAGAACUGAUGGACAUGCAUGAGUCCCUUAAAGCUGAAAAGGCUAAGGGAGAGGAAGAGCCUAAACCACUACGCUUCCUCCAGAAAAUAGAAAAACCUGUUCCCCGUCCUCCAACACCAGCAGUGGAGGUCCCACCAGAAGAAGAGGAGGAGAAAGAGCUCGCCAUCAUCUACCUACAGAAGGUCAUUCGGGGUCGUGCUAUUCAGAACAUGAUUUUUGAGGGAAAGGAAAAGAGGACAGAACUAAUAAAGGAGCUGAGAAGUACACAUGCACUACAGGAGGCUGAACAGAACAUCAAACACCAGGAAAAACAAGCUACCUUGGCACUACAGCGACAGAGGAGGCUCCACGAACACAAGGAGUUCUUAGUGGAUGAGGCUAUGAGCCAGCUUGAGGGCUCCAGUAUGGGAGACACUUAUGACUUCCUCAGCAAGGAGUUGAUCCGCCUACAGGAGGAACGCAGGAUUCAUGCCUUCUCCAUGCUUGCAGAGCGUCAGCGGAGGAUCAGAGAGGCUGAGGAAAGUGGGCGUCGUCAAGUGGAAGAGAGACGAAGGAGAGAGGAAGAUGAAAUCUUCAAACAGGCUGUCAAAGUUCACCAGAAUAGUGUGGAUACAUAUCUUGAAGAUAUUAUUCUUGGCUCCAUCGACAAAACUGCUGAUCUUCAGGCUCGCAGCGAGAUCUCUGAGACAGCCACGAUAAUAAACGACAUUGCUUACGAGAUGGAGGAUAAGCGGACACAGCUCCAGUCGGAGGAGAUUGUGGCAGAUUUGGUUCAUUGCUUCCUCAUCCCAGAAGUCCAGAAACAGGACAUGAGAGAUAAAGUGAGGAGAGAUCAGAGGAAAUACUUGUUAGCAGCUCACAAAGAAAUUGUGAAGGACGGAGAGGAAAUCAUUAGCAUGAAUGCCAAACCACCAAAAACUGCCCCAAGUACCGCAGGUGUAACUGAAACCCAGACACAGGAGGAACAGCAGUAGAAAACACAACGGAGACCAUCUGGAACUCAUGUCAUCAUGUCACUUGAUUCAAAUUGAAAUGAUAAACUAUAAAAGGAAUUUCAUUCUGUGAUAGCAGUGAUUGUGUCGAGAAAGAAGGGAGACAACUGGAUUAUCCCCCUUUAGGUCCUGUUCAUCGAUACAAUAUGAUAGGUGUAUGAUUUUCGUAAAAUAUCACAAUGUAUGUUGCAUAUAUAAAUGACAAUAGGUUUUGUCAUUACUGUCAGUGUCACAUAAUACAAGACAUUGUUUUGAUAAAAGUUGAUGUAGCAGCACCCCAGGAUUAUUUUAUUUAUUUAUUUUCAGGAUUUCUUAUAAAAUGUGUCGGAAUAUUUUCUGUAUAAAUUUGAGAAGAACUAUUUAUGGAAUAAAAUUUGUCAAAAAAUUAGUGUUUUACACCUUAAAGUACAAGGGAGGUAACUAGAAGAACCUUGUUAUUAAUUGAUGCAUUCUGUUUGGGAUAACUGAAGUUUAUGGGUGUUUAUGUAAUACCAUGUACUCUUGAAGUAGUCAUCAAGUUUCUUCAUAAUGUUUCUCAUGGUUUACGUGUGUCUGUAUCUGACAGGUAGAUCCUCUACAGUAAACUUAAGCCCAGUUGCAGUCAAAAAAAAAAUUCUGGUAAAAAAAUGAAAAAUAAUAAAGUGAAACAACAGAAAGAAGUGGAACAUUGGUUUAUGUAACAGUAAGCAUUUUUUUAUUUAUAAUUUUUGAUGCAAUUGGAUUUCAGUUGAAUAUCUCAAAUUCCCAUUCAUGAAAAUAUGCCCGUGUGGAAGUAAUUAAAAUAAAAUAUUGUUAGUUGUUGUUAAAUGGCUUUAAGAUUUGUACAAUGCUUCUGGAGGAGAAGUUUUUUAUGGGGAAAAAAUUAAAUGAUGCUGAUAUCAUUUUCCAUUUGUUAUAUUGAGUGUUCAUUUGUCUAUCUGUCCUAGGACUCUUUAUUGAUUGCCUGGGCCUAGAUUCCGUCCAUAUUUUCACUGAUGACAUUGAACAUUGAUGAAACUACUUCUGCCUUAGUGAUAGAGAUACAAAAGUUUACCCUUUUUUUGAUAACUUGAACUUGUGUAGGAAUUUCUUUAUAGGACGUCCAUCCCUUCCACUUAUAUUGUAUUCUUAAUUUGCUAUGUUCAGACCUCUCCGCUACAGUUUGAAUGAAGUUCAAUAAUGUUGCGGUAUUUCACAAGCCCUAUAUGAUGUGACAAGAUGAUUUAUAUACUUGCGCUAAGAAAUACUAUUUUUGUAUAUUUUAUUUAAAUUGUGUGUACAUAUGUAAAUAUGAUGACAACUCUAUCUGUGAUAUCAGUAUUUGUGAAGAACUUCAUACAUUCCUGUACAGAUCCACCCACGAAUCUAAGAUAUCAUACACACUGAAGUGUGACAUGGAACAUAGUGGGUUUUUGUCUGUAGAGUUGGGUGAUGUACUAGCCUUCAAAUCUUCAAUAAAUUAUGUGUAACAUCAAAA